CUGCGAUCAUAACGCGUUAGCGCACCAUCAACCUCAAGAAUACACGUGUUUAGAGCGUGAAAAACGAUUGCGAUUCGUCUGUAUCUUUGUUGCCUGUUCGUUCUCGUUAUCGCCGUACCUCUCUGGGCGCUGCGCUGGGCGUUCGAUGCCGAAGACUGUUGCGACUUCCACUCGAUUACAGAACACCAAUACAAAUACGCUACACAUGGCGACGACGGGGCGGAGUAAGCGGAAGGCGCAGGAUGUGGAAAAGGAUGAUGAUUUUGCGACGAAGGAUUCGAAGCGGAGGAGGCCUGUAGAGAAGGCGGCGAAGAAGAAGUCCGGAUUUGACGAUGACGAUGGAUUCGUUUUCAAGAGGCCGGCAUCAUCCGGUCCUUCUGCGCCAGCGACCAACGGAGCAGUCGUCGAAACGCGACAACAACCUCCCGUAAACCCCUUCCCACCACCAGCACUACCUACGGCGCCUCGGUAUCCCUCCACAGUAAAUGAAAGAAGGCGACCCACGACACCUGAUCGGAGCUUACCCGCUUCAUUCUUGCGCCCAGCAGGGAUGGACAGCAUUGUUGCGCUGCCGCUGUCGGAUACGCCCGUGAUCCGCAAGAACCAGGAUUUGAGACAGCAGGGUGGAAGGAGACGGAGUAGUUUGGGGAUGAGAGGAAAGAGGGCGAGUUCGAUGGGGAAUGGGUUUGUCGCCCUACCACAUCCUGAGAUCCCAUAUGAGGACUUCCACAAGCACAUCUCCGUUGACCUCCCAGAACCACUGCGGAUGAAGCAGUUGCUGGCAUGGUGUUCAAGAAGAGCACUCGAUGAGCAAAAGGCAAAGGAGAGGCCAGCAGACUCGAGCUCUGGAGCCAUCGCACGAGCUAUCGCGGAGGAGGUGCUGAAGGACUUGAUUGACAACAAGAUCAAUACGAGUUGGUAUUCGAGAGAAGAUGAUGCGGCUACGAUCUCCCCGAUCAAGAAGAAGCCACAUCCGACGAAUAUCGAGAACCUGCGGAAGAUCAAGGAAUGCGAACAGAAGUUGGCGAGGCUGAAGGGUGAACAGCAAGCAUGGGCAACGCUUGUUCCAGAUCAGCCAUCCGAUCAUCCGCAAGCAGCACCGGCAGAACGCGAGAUCCACCCUGUUGACGCCGAGGAAGCCGAAUUUCUUGCUUCACUCGACGCACAACAAGCCACGGAUGCCGAGAUGCGGAAAUGGCUUGGGACAGCGGAAAGCGAGCUUGAGUUCCAAGUCGACAGGUUCUUCCAUUCAUUGCAUUCAAUCAAGAUGUUUGGGGAGACCGCGGAUGGGUAUGGUGGUCGGUUGCUGCAGCAAGCUGCGGAAGCACUUGAUAAACGGGAUCAGAAGGCGAAGAAGGCCGUGGGUACGAUGGGUGUUGACACGAUGGAUGUGUUGAGAAGUGUGGCCAGGGGUGACAAUCAGUAAUGUUUAAUGGAAGG